AUGAGUGUGCAGGCCGGGUACAUCUCUGCGGAAAACAACGAAAGCCCUGUCCAACAGAAAAAUGACACCCAGCCCGCGCCGUAUAAGCUAUCGGACGUCUAUGUCCUUCAAUGGCAGAAGUUGGCCGCGGGGAGCAACAAGAUCAAGAACCUCAAGUACUUUAUUCGGAAAGAUGUCCAGAAUCCGGAUACCUUGAGGAUCAUUGAUGAGGCCACGGGGAAUGUCGCUAAAGAAUGGCCAGGUACGACCUUCAGCAUGGAAAGUGAUGAAGGCAAGGCACUUCUACGGACUCCCAACGGGGUUGGGCUCGCAUAUAUGCUUAUCCAUAAACCCGAGCUGGGAGUCAAGGUUCCAACCCAGGUGCGCGUGUUUAAGACCACAAACAAGAGUGGCAUCGUCGAAAAGCAUCUUCUAUUUUACAUUGGAGAUUAUAAGGGCGCGUGA